AUGCUGUCGUCGUCGUUUGUCGAACACGCAGCACUCGGCUUCGCCUUUGCCGUGCUCUCAUUAUUUGUAUUAGCUUUCGCUAUUAUUGCUGUCGUACUUGUAACGAUCACUAACAACUGCUGGUGGAAUUGUGACAGGCAUUUUAUGGAUAUCGAGCCAUCCUUGUAUUUUCCCAGUACGGGAAAGGCUGAAGACAAAAUCAAUAACUUACCUAAUCCUGUGACUCAUUUUCUUUAG